AUUUUACUGGUAAGAAGUUUAAAUAUAUGCUGGGCAGAUUAGAAGAGAAUGGAGGAAGUUUAAACAAUCGAUCGAUCGUCUAUUAGUUUAUCGCCCAUAGUUAUGGGAAUGGUUUCUGUUCUUUAUUUGACAAUGUCAAUAUUUUUAUUUAAAGGUAACCAGGUCAGAGGAAAUCGAUUCCCCGACACAAAACAAUCUGUAUCAUCAGUAGUUGGCUGUGACGCAGAUCUAAUUUGGGAAUCGCCUGAAAAAGACUACCGAAUGUCAAUCGCCAAGAUAAAAAACUCAAAAGAAGAACAAUUGGAUAAUAAUAUUAAGAAAUACUGGCUUGAAAGAACUCCAAGGAAUGUAAUAUUAACUAUAAAAGAACUUGAAAUGAAGGAUGCCGGGUAUUACAGAAUCACGAUUGGCUCUAAACAUGAAGACAUUAAUCUCAUAGUCACGGAUUUCCAGUGGAAGAAUAAUGUAACAGCUAAAUAUGUUCGUGUUGGAGACACCAUCGAUCUUUGUUGGGAAUUUGUGACAAAACGUCCAGCAGACACGAUUCGGUUAUAUAGAGCUGCUGCAGGUAUACGGCAAGUUCUUGCUCGGUGGGAAAAUGGUAACCAGCAAGCUAAUAUAGCAGACGGCAGAAUUAUACAGUGCUACUUCCACAAGUAUGGCAAUGGUGAUACGUACAGAGCAUAUUUGACUUUGCCAAAUAUAACAAUUGAUGACUUUAAAUAUGAGUACAUCAUAGAGGUAGCAUUCAAUGACAUUUGCUUGAAAACCGAAGAACCGGUUCAUUUAAAAAGAGAAGUCAAUUUCAAAUGGAUGUCAUCUCCAAAUCCAGUCAACUCAACUAUCAAAGACGAUGUGAAAUUAGUUUGGAAAUAUGACAGUUCAGAGUUGGCUAACAAGAUAAUAUUAACUCGGUAUAGCAAUAUAACCAAAGAGAGAAAACAGCUGGGUAUAUGGAACUUUGAAAAGGGGUUUCAAUCGAAAGUGGAAGGAAUAAAAUUCAACAAAUCAAAUACAAACCAAGAAGUAAAUAUCAUCAUGACGAUACAAAAUGCCAACAAAGAUGCAUUUGAUCAUUUUUAUGAAUGUCAGGUUUUCUAUGGUGUUUUCUUUAACAGCGUGUCUGGAAUUGAGCUCGUGCCUGUGUUACCACAUAUUUAUAGCGAUACCAUGGUGGUUAAAAGUCGACCUACAGAAGAUGUAAAAUUUGUUUGGCAUUUUCGAUAUGCAUUCCCUGUGUUGUGGGUUAGAUUUAGACGUUCUAGUGUUCAAAAUGGACCGGCUAAUGCAGAAUAUGACAUAGGACAUUGGCAUAACGAAACGUUUACACCAAAACUGACAGAUAAUGGAGGAAAGAGAAUUGAAUUUAAUAAAACAGAAGGUGAUGGAGAUGGGCAGAUAACUCUAUCCCUACUGAAUACAACCAAAGAUGACUUCAGCAAAAAAUAUUAUAUCAUUUAUUUGGCCUUCAAAGAUCUAGGAUUUAGCGAAUCUCACUGUAUAAUUCUUAAAGGUAAUAUUUGUCAUUCUGUAUAUCCAUACUGUUAGGAAUGUUAUGCAAGACGUUCCAGAACACCUUACAUGGUCUGUUUUCUACGUUUGAAUACUUGCUAUGGACCCAUAAGAGUUAAUGAUGGUCCUUUUUUUCAAUUUUGCAAGGCUGUUUUUUCUUCUUCUUCUGUGUACUGAACUGGGAUCCGCCCAGACCACAAAUAGUCCAAUGAAAGGUAUGGCAUGGUGAUGGCACACAGCUUAACAAGUUGACUAUGUACAGUUUGAAACAGGGUGUGGCGGUUAAAACUAUUUACAAAAGUGGCUGCUAGCGGUUCCCAGUGGAGGUCUUUCAUCAUCUUAGUGACACAUUCUGGUGUUCUG